CAAGAGCUAGUCUGAUUGCGGACAGCUGGCGGCAAAAGAUGAAAAUCGCGUUCGACGACGACUUCAACCUCCCAUCAUCGCAUUCGACACAGGCCAACCUCCAUCCAACGUCGCAUCGUGUUUGUCAACUUCACUACCCUGGAUGUAGCCUUGCAACUUUAUUCUGAGUUGACAUCGCUUGUGUCGUUCUGCAGCCUGCCAAUAUGUCUGACGCCGACUUUGAGCAAGUGAGGCGCCUACAAGCUGAGCGGAAUGCCGCUGCCGCUGCAAAAAAAGGUUCAAAGACAUUUGACCCAUCCAGUCAGCGCACUGACUUUUCGACCAAGGCAUCUCUGACUGAAUCCUUCGACACGGAGUUGUAUGAUCGCAAUGGCGCCGAUAAGUAUGCUGGUUACAAUACCUCCAUCGCUAUAGAUGGCGAUGAGGAUAUGGAGGAUGCAGACCCAGGACAUCGGCUGGUCGGUCAAUAUACCGCCAGCAAGGAGCUGAUCAAUGAAAUGGCUAGCGGAAAUGGAGUUGAGGAGGAGGACAUUCUGCUCGGCCGUGAAAAAUCUGCCAGGAUUGCAGACCGUGAAACUGAUUACCAGAAGCGCCGGUUCAACCGCGGCCCUCUUACUCCGACUCGAGCGGACCCCUUUGCAGCCAACGCGCAUGCCAAUGUCGAGUCUGAAGGUCAGACCUAUCGAGAGGUUAUGGCCCUUCGUGAGCUUGAAAAGGAAGAAGAGCGUGUCAAGAAACUCAUUUCCGAGAAACAAGCUGAAAAUGGCGAUGUUGUCGAGUAUCAGGCAACUCUGAAGGACGAUGCUGACAAGGAAAACCUCGAUGCUGGCCCCACUGUCGCAGUAGCCGCCGGACGCAAGAGAAAACAACGAUGGGAUGUAGCAUCUGCAGACGAGACCGCUGCAUCUGAGCAAGAGGAGACCGAGUCCAAGGCCAAGAAGUCGCGAUGGGACCAGACUCCAGCCGUACCUACACCAGAAGAAGCACCCAAGCGUCGCUCCCGCUGGGAUCAAGCACCAGUUGCGCCCGGAAUCGGUGCGACACCGGUCGGACAGCCAGGCCUUGCAACACCGAUGCACCCAUCAGCACCCGGCUUUGGAACCGAUAUCACUGGUCGCAAUGGUAUUUGGUCAGAUGAAGAUUUGGAUAUGAUGCUUCCCUCGGAAGGUUAUCAGAUCCUAGAUCCUCCUCCUGGGUAUGAGCCUAUCAGAAACCCUGCAAGAAAGCUUACGAGCACCCCAGCCCCUGUGGCCAGCACAGGUGGAUAUGGUGGCUUCAUGAUGCAGGAACCAGAGAGUGCUCGCACACUCGGUAAACAGCUUCCCACGGAUAUCCCGGGAGUUGGCGACCUUCAAUUUUUCAAAGCAGAGGAUAUGGCAUAUUUUGGAAAAUUAGUGGAUGGCGCAGAUGAGAAUGCUUUAUCUGUGGAAGAACUGAAGGAGAGGAAGAUUAUGCGACUGCUUUUGAAAGUCAAGAACGGAACGCCGCCUAUGCGUAAGACCGCUCUACGCCAACUCACUGACAAUGCUCGACAAUUCGGAGCUGGAGCUCUUUUCAACCAAAUCCUUCCUCUUUUGAUGGAAAAAUCACUAGAGGAUCAGGAACGUCAUUUGCUUGUCAAAGUUAUUGACCGCGUACUUUACAAACUAGAUGACCUUGUUCGACCCUACACACACAAAAUUUUGGUUGUUAUUGAGCCCCUACUCAUUGAUCAGGACUACUAUGCUCGCGUUGAGGGUCGAGAAAUUAUUUCGAAUUUGGCUAAGGCCGCUGGUCUCGCACAUAUGAUCAGUACUAUGCGUCCAGAUAUUGAUCAUGUUGAUGAAUACGUGAGAAAUACUACAGCUCGAGCAUUCGCUGUGGUUGCGUCUGCUUUGGGUAUACCGGCCCUUCUUCCUUUUCUUCGCGCUGUUUGCCGCAGUAAGAAAUCAUGGCAAGCUCGCCACACCGGUGUUAAAAUCGUUCAACAAAUUCCAAUUUUGAUGGGAUGUGCUAUUCUGCCGCACCUGAAGGGCUUGGUGGAUUGCAUUGCAGACAACCUCAGUGAUGAACAAGCAAAGGUCAGAACUGUUACCAGUUUGGCCAUUGCCGCAUUGGCCGAGGCAGCCAAUCCAUACGGUAUCGAAAGCUUCGAUGAUAUCCUCAACCCUCUCUGGACAGGUGCUCGAAAGCAGCGUGGAAAGGGUCUUGCUGGAUUCUUGAAGGCUGUCGGUUAUAUAAUUCCUUUGAUGGACGAAGAAUAUGCAAAUUACUAUACCAGUCAGAUUAUGGAGAUCCUUCUCCGUGAAUUCUCUUCCCCCGAUGAGGAGAUGAAAAAGGUUGUAUUGAAGGUCGUGUCUCAAUGUGCCCAGACGGAUGGUGUGACAGCACAGUACUUGAAAGAACACGUGCUCCAGGACUUUUUCAAGAGUUUCUGGGUAAGGCGCAUGGCAUUGGAUAAGCGCAACUACCGCCAAGUCGUCGAAACAACAGUGGAUCUAGGCCAAAAAGUUGGCGUCGGCGAGAUCUUAGAGCGCAUUGUAACCAACCUCAAGGAUGAAAGCGAAGCUUAUCGCAAGAUGACGGUGGAGACUGUGGAGAAGUUAAUUGCAUCUCUGGGAGCGGCUGAUAUUUCUGAAAGACUGGAAGAACGACUUAUUGAUGGUGUUCUGCUUGCUUUCCAAGAGCAGAGCAUUGAAGACAUUGUCAUCUUGAAUGGGUUUGGCACCGUUGUUAAUGCUCUUGGUACCCGAUGCAAACCAUAUCUCCCUCAAAUUGUUAGUACUAUUCUAUGGCGGUUGAACCACAAGUCUGCUACCGUUCGCCAACAGGCUGCCGACCUGGUUUCUCGUGUUACAAUGGUUAUGAAGCAAUGCGGCGAGGACGCUCUUAUGGGCAAACUCAGUGUUCUACUUUAUGAAUACCUUGGUGAAGAAUAUCCUGAGGUUCUGGGUUCCAUCUUGGGCGCCUUGCGAUCUAUCGUCACCGUCGUAGGUAUCAACCAGAUGCAGCCACCAAUCCGUGAUCUUCUCCCUAGACUUACCCCUAUCCUUCGAAAUCGGCAUGAAAAAGUGCAGGAAAACACCAUCGACUUGGUCGGCCGUAUUGCCGAUCGUGGACCAGAGUCAGUCAACGCCCGUGAAUGGAUGCGUAUCUGCUUUGAGCUACUAGACAUGUUAAAGGCUCACAAGAAGGGUAUCCGCCGAGCGGCUAACAACACAUUCGGUUUCAUUGCUAAAGCUAUUGGUCCUCAGGACGUGCUUGCCACGUUGCUUAACAAUCUACGAGUCCAAGAGCGUCAGUCGCGUGUGUGUACCGCAGUCGCCAUCGGUAUCGUCGCAGAAACCUGCGCGCCAUUCACAGUACUUCCAGCGCUAAUGAACGAGUACCGGGUGCCUGAACUUAACGUUCAAAACGGUGUCCUGAAGGCCAUGUCUUUCCUAUUUGAGUAUAUUGGCGAAAUGGCCAAAGAUUACGUCUACGCUGUUACUCCUCUACUAGAAGACGCUCUAAUUGACCGCGACCAAGUGCACCGUCAAACAGCAGCUAGCGUCGUCAAACAUAUCGCCCUCGGUGUGGUUGGUCUUGGGUGCGAAGACGCCAUGGUGCACCUGCUGAACCUGCUAUACCCGAACAUCUUCGAGACAAGCCCACACGUGAUUGAUCGGAUCAUCGAAGCGAUUGACGCGAUCCGCAUGGCAGUUGGCACAGGCGUGGUAAUGAACUACGUAUGGGCAGGUCUGUUCCAUCCUGCGCGUAAAGUGCGUACGCCAUACUGGAGAUUGUAUAAUGAUGCGUAUGUACAAAGCGCGGAUGCGAUGGUUCCUUAUUACCCAGAUUUGGAAACUGAUGGAUUGUCGCGACCGGAGCUGAAUAUUGUGCUUUAACUUGUAUAUCUUAGGCGCUUAUAUAAUGAUUCCACGGUUCUGGUGUUACUGAUAUUUUAUUAAUCAAUAAAUUCACAAUCAAU